GGCAGUCUGCCGGCUCAGCUGAGCAGCCGGACGGGCCAUCCCCCUCGGCCAGACCCUACCGCCAGCUGGGCAACCUCCGCUACUUUGCUGUUGCCCUCUUCUCUCGGUCUUCCCCCCAGCGCGCGUUGCCAUGGGCAAGAGCAGGACGAAGCGCUUCAAGAGACCGCAGUUCUCCCCUACGGGCGGCUGUCAGGCCGAGUUGGCAGCGGCGGAGAACGGGACUGAGCGAGAGGACGACGACGGGCCGGCAGCGGAGCUGCUAGAAAAGCUCCAGCACCCGAGCGCCGAGGUCCGCGAGUGCGCCUGCGCGGGGCUGGCCCGGCUGGUGCAGCAGCGGCCGGCGCUCCCGGACCUGGCGCGCCGCGACGCCGUGCGCCGCCUUGGGCCGCUGCUGCUCGACCCCAGCCUGGGGGUGAGGGAGACGGCUGCCGGCGCGCUCAGAAACCUCAGUGCUUGUGGAGGUUUUGAAGUCUGUGAUGACAUGGUGACGAAGGACAUCAUGACCCCUCUGGUCGCACUGCUUAAAGAGUGUAGUGCUGGACUGGAUUCAAAUGAGAUGUCGUCACAGGAAAAAAAAGAUCGGAAUGGAAAUUCUGUUGAGAGCAUAGCCAAUGAGGCCGUGAACGUGCUGUGGAAUAUAUGUGAAUGCAGUAGUAAAGCAGUAUCUAUAUUCAACAAAGAAGGGUGUUUGGAGAUUGUAAUAAAGUAUUUAAGUCGGUUUUCCACCAACGUUGACCUGGCCAUUUCAGUAGCCUACUGCUUGCAGACGGUCACGGAGGACAACCCGGAGCUGCUGAAGUCCUUCAGUGGCUCAGCCUUGCGGGUGCUGGAGUCAGCGAUGCUGGCUCCGGCCAGUUCCAUGGAACGUACGCUGUUAAAGACAUUGGUGGCAGGCACGAUUUGGAAUCUGAAAGACGUUAUUCCGUCCAAGAGUCAAGCAGAAAUCAUAAAUGCUAUCCUGAAGACCUUAUCCGAAGUUCUGGAAAUGGACGCUGGUAAAGUGGUCAUUCAAAUGAAGGAGGCGGAGACGCAAAGGGUGAAAACCGCUGCCGAGACCGAGGACGUGCUGGAGAACGCGAACGGGGGUGGUUUGAUCGAAGACGAUGAAAUGGAAGAAAUUCCACCAAAGAGAAGAGUCAGGAGGAAAACUUUCAUUUCGGAUUUACUUCCACCUACUGACAAGGAGCUGCGAGAGGCCACCGCGCUGCUGACGGCUCAGCAGACUGCUCUGGAAAUCAUCGUCAACAUGUGCUGCAGUGAAGGUCCCUCGGACGACGAGGACGAAUGGGAGGAGGAGCCCUCCAGCAGCGACGAGAGCGAGGCGUUCAUGGAGGACACCCUCUGCGAGGGCGCUGGGCAGCUGCUAUCUCCCCUCUGCCUCUCCCACGAGGUCCACAGCGCCCUCACCAGCUUCCUCCUCCCCAAGAAGAUAUUUGAGAAAACUGCCUUUCCAAACAGCAUUGCAGUUGACAUAUGUUCUGGGAACCCCACUUGGAAACCUUUGGUUAGAAAAAUGAACACCGUGCAGUGCCGAGCCCUCGUGUGCCUCCAGAGCCUCGUCUCCCUGCUGGAGGUGGAGCACCUGGGCGGGGCCCCGGCCCUCCAGGCCCUCGCGCAGCACCUGUCCACUCUGCUCUUUUCUCAGCCAGAUUUUGCGAAGCACGUUGACUUCCUGGAAGCCAUAAGCAGUGCCUUGCGGGCCCUUUUGCAAACAAUGGCCUCCAAGAACAUUUCUCAGUGCCUGACCCCGGAUCAGCUGAUGACGCUGUGCAGGGCCGGCGUUCAGAGCGCCAGCGUCGGUGUCAGAGUGAACGUGGUCAGCAUUUUGGGAAUCAUGGGCAGCGUCCUAGCCAAAGAAGACGGCACGCUUGAAACUCUCAAGACCAUCGGGUGCUUUCUGCUGGAGGUCGCCACCAAGGACCCUUCGCUGGUAGUCGCUGGAGAGGCCCUAGAUGCUCUGUUCGACGUGUUCGCAGACGGUAAAGAAGCUGAAAAGGCCUCCGUUCAAAUUCACUUGUUGUCCGCCCUGAAAGAAUUCCAGCCAGUCUUCAAGAUGAGGAUACGAAAAGAAGGGAGAGGUAAAUACAGCCCAGACCAGCUAUGUGUGCUCGACAAUGUGAAGAUGAACUUGAGAAGGUUUGUUGCUUAUCAAGAAACUGUUCAAAAAAGACUAACUACUUGAACCAUUGAAAGAGCAGUUCCUCUCCAAAGUGUUCUAUACUAAAGGGUUUUCUUUGAAUGUGUACAUUUCAGAAAGCCAUUUUUUAAUGUGCCUGUCCUGCAUAUUCAUUUGAAGUUCCUAAGAACUUCAUACCCUAUCAGAAAUUCUCUAGGCUCUGGGGUCUGAGCGGUGGCGUGGGUGCUCUCUCCGUUCACGUUUUAAUCCCUGGGAAUGCAAAGCGCGGAAACACAAAGGUGUCUCAGGUGUUUCUUGCAAUCAGUGAAGAAACUUCCUAACAAUCAUAUUUUUCUUAAAUUUUAUUUUUAAAAAAAGAAAGGAAGUCUAAAGUAAUGCCUUGCAGCUCUUUUAAGUCAGUAUCAUUUUAUAUUAGCUGAAUUUUUAACUGAAACAUGGAUAAGCUUUAUAAAAUUAAACACAUAUCAAUUAUGUUUACCCUUUGUGAAGUGAAUGAACUGAAUUUGUAUUUCAUUACUAAGUGGAAUAUACAAAUGAACUGACGUGAUUGUCAUUCUCUAUAUAAACAGUUCUGAUCCAUUGUUUUGUAACCUUUCUCCUUGUUGAAUUAGAUAUCAAAUCAAAAUUGGGAGAAAAUAUUUUUUAAUA